AUGAAUCAAUAUCCCUACCAAAGGAUGGAAUUUCUCUAUCGAGGGCAUCCUCAGGCUGCCAAUGGUAUCAUUGGCCACCACUUUCCUCGGCCGCCUUUCCCACCCGCCCAGUUGCGACCAAACUUUUCGGCAUCGGCACCUGCUUCCAGUCCAGCAGCUGCCAAGGCUAGCAACCAAGGUAGCGCUGAAGCCGCCGUCUCAGAAGCUCUCUUGACUCUGAGUUCAGCUGGCUCUCCUCCCAAGAGCAAUCAGUCUUCGACGAGCGCUCCUGGAGUUCCAAGCAAUGGCCCAGCUCCAUUCGCCUCUCCUCCACUUCCACCUCAUUCCCGAAGACCAUCCUUAACAUUCUCGGCACCCGCACAACCUGUUCGGCGAGUCAGUCUAUGCUCUCCAGCAGGCUUUGCCCCUCAUCCUCCUCUUCCACAUCCUCGAUGGCCUGGAAAGUUCAUGGCUCCUCCCAUGAUGACACCUCAACGUGAUAUUCCUGUUGCCUACCAGCAGAAGCAUCAUCAUGCCAGACCUGUAGUUCUUGAAGAUGCCGCGCCACCAGCCAAGAAGGCCCGGACAGUGAGCCCUGCUCCUGCUACCACGGCAGUGGCCGCUUCUGACAACUCUGAAGCUGGCAAGAAGGAGGAUAUCGAAAUAGUCAGUUGCAUUUGUCCCGUCUGCAACAAUCUGAUCAAGGGUUUGGGAGAAAACAAGGUUGAUUGGUCCCAGCCUGUCCAGGGGAGACAACGUGCCAAGACAAUUAGCAGCAUCAAGAAGCACGUCAAGGAUCAUCACGAACAAGAGCCCAUCUGGAACGUCAUUGUGAACAGUCUGGAUGUGGCACCUACCAAGGAUGCUGCUGCCAACCGGGUAGUGAAUGCUCAAGCCUUUGUGACACAAGCUCUAAAGAAGGCCGCUCUCGAUCAGAUCCCCAACCACACAAACGAGCUACGCAGCUUGCAUUGGACCGAAAAGAUAAUGGAUCAACGUGUUGGCAUUGCCAAGGGAUUCAUCCAGUUUGGGGGACAGGAAUACCUGCGCAACAAGGAGUGUCAUGAUGAGACGGGCAACAAGAUCAACCCCAAGGGCUUGCGCAACCUUGCCUACACUCUCUUGCAGUCCAUGUACGAUGACCUGAUGCAAGCCUGGCGCAAGAACCAAGCAACCAUUGAAGCUAGCAUGGCAACGGAGCCACUGGGAUUGCUUCGUAACCGCUUCCAGCUUCUCUUUUCCAACCCGGACAAGUGGUCAGACUCUUGGUACAUGGAUCCGUCCAAGUACAGCUCCUAA